AGCAAACCUCUUGAAAUGGCUCUUCAUUUAUCCGCCGCAUUUAUUAAACUACCAUUUGGAAGAAAUCAUGUUGGGUCGGUAAAAAAAAGUAGUUAUAAAUGUAUGGGUGGUUCAAGAGAUUCACAUCAAAUUGCAGUGAGACGAUCGGCAAACUACAAGCCCACCAUUUGGGAUCAUGAUUUUCUGCAGUCACUCCAGAGUGAAUAUGGGGGAGAGAUUUACAGAGAAAGAAUGGAAGAGCUAAAGGGAGAAGUAAAGAAUAUGAUGCUCAAUGAAGACAUGGCUCCCUUGGAUAAAUUGGAGCUCAUUGAUACCUCGCAAAGACUUGGAUUAGCUUAUCAUUUUGAUGAUGAAAUCAAGUCAGUCUUGCAAAGCAUUUAUGAGCACACUGAUGUUAGUACAUUUGAUUUGUAUGCUACAGCUCUUCAAUUUAGACUGUUUAGACAACAUGGCUUCAAAUUAUCCCAAGAAACUUUUGAUAUUUUUCGGGACGAACAUGGAAACUUCAAAAUAUGUCAUAGUGAGGAUUUGAAGGGAUUGCUAUCUUUGUAUGAGGCGUCAUACCUUUUAGAAAAAGGCGAAAAUAUACUACAAAUUGCAAGAGAAUUCGCUACCGUUUCUCUCAAGAACCACACUCAACUGAACAAAGAUCAAUAUCUAUCCAUGUUAAUAAAUCAGUCACUGGAGAUCCCACUCCAUUGGAGGAUGCUGCGGUCCGAGAGCAGAUGGUUCAUUGAUGUAUAUGAGCGAAAACACGACAUGAAUCCUCUUCUCCUUCAAUUUGCUAAGCUCAAUUUCAACAUUGUGCAAGCAACCCAUCUGGAGGACCUAAAAGACGCAGCACGGUGGUGGAGGAAUAUAGGUCUUGGAGAAGAGUUGAGAUUUGCAAGAGAUAGGAUAGUUGAGAAUUUCUUGUGGACUGUUGGGUUUAAAUUCGAGCCAGAAUUCGGAUAUUUCAGAAGAAUGUCUACUAAAAUCAAUUCAUUGCUAACAAUCAUUGAUGAUAUCUAUGAUGUGUAUGGCACUUUGAAUGAGCUCCACCAGUUUACUGAUGUUGUUGAAAGGUGGGAUGUGAAUGCAAUGGAGCAGCUUCCACAGUACAUGAAAAUAUGUUUCCUAUCCCUUUAUAAUUCCAUCAAUCAAAUCGCUUUGGACGUUCUUAGGGAACAAGGAUUUCAUAUUGUGCCCUUCUUGAGAAAAGCUUGGGCAGAUUUAUGUAAAUGCUACCUAUUGGAGGCCAAGUGGUACUACAACGGUUAUACGCCAAGUUUGCAAGAAUACAUUGACAAUGCAUGGAUUUCUAUAGCAUCUCCUUUGAUAUCAGUCCAUGCUUUUUUUCUUCUUAAAUCUCCAAUAACAGAUGAUGCUUUGAAAUACUUGAAUGUGUAUCCUGAUAUUAUUCGAUGUUCGUCCAUGAUACUAAGACUUGCAGAUGAUCUCGGAACAUCAUCGGAUGAAGUGAAAAGAGGCGAUGUUCCAAAAUCGAUACAAUGUUAUAUGCAUGAAACUGGAGCUUCCGAAGAAAAAGCACGCGAGCACAUCAAAUCCUUAGUCGAUGAAACAUGGAAGAAGAUGAAUAAAGCACGAGUAGAUGUUGAUUCGCCGUUCUCGGAUGCUUUCAUCGGAGUAGUAGUGAAUCAAGCAAGGAUGGCUUUAUACAUGUAUCAAUAUGGAGACGGGCAUGGGAAUAAUGAGGAGGGUAAGACUAGAGAUCGUGUUAUGUCAUUAUUUAUUCACCCAAUUUCUAUGUAGAUAUCUUUGCCUUUUCCUUGAGCAUCUAUAUGCAACCCAUUUAAUUGUUUUUAGUCGGUUAUUAUAUAUGAAAGAAGAUUGUAAUUUUGUUGUGUGAAUAUAUAAGAACCUAAAAUGUGAUGGAAUUAAGGAUGGA